AUGAGUGACAGAGGAAGAGCGAGAUCGCGCUCGAGGGGGAGAGCUCGCGGGCCCAAGACAGCCCCAGGCAUGCCUCCAGCUCAGGAGGCGUCGCGGCCAGUUCUCCCUCCCGCUGAGGGCGAGAUGUUGGGCCGUGGAAGGCAGAAAACGGCGCCUUCUGCCGCUGCAUCGGAAGGCCUCCUCGAGAUCUCUGCCGGCUUCCAGAAAGUGACUAUUGGAGAGCGAGGUCGCCGACGGCGGGAUUUUCACGAUGAAGGAAUCAACACAAGACAAGCCAUGGAACAUGUAAAGCAGUCCAAGUCAGGUACCUCCGGGUCUCCCAUCGAGCUGAGGGCCAACUACUUCCGCAUCCUGUCGCGGCCGCAGUGGGUCCUGUUCCAGUAUCACGUGGACUUCAACCCCCCCAUGGAGUCCCGCCGCCUCCGGUCCGCGCUCCUGUUCCAGCACGGCCAGACGCUGGGCCCCGCCCACACCUUCGACGGCGCCAUCCUCUUCCUGCCCCACCGACUCCAUAACCCGGAGACGGUUCUCCUGAGUGAAACCAGGCAAGGAGAGAAGGUGCGAAUCACGGUCACGCUGACCUCUGAACUCCUGCCAACUUCGCCCGUCUGCCUGCAGUUCUACAACAUCAUCUUCCGGAGAGUGCUGAGGAUCCUGAACAUGCAGCAGAUCGGCCGCCAUUACUACAACCCCAACGAGCCCCUGGAGAUCCCCCAGCACAGGCUGACGAUCUGGUCAGGCUUCUGCACGGCCAUCCUGCAGUACGAGUCCGGCGUGAUGCUGAGCGUGGACGUCAGCCACAAGGUGCUGCGCAGCGAGACGGUGCUGGCCUUCAUGUACGGCCUGCGGCAGCAGCACGGCGACCGCUACUUCAUGGAGGCCUGCACCAAGGAGCUGCUGGGCCUCAUCGUCCUCACCAAGUACAACAACAAAACCUACAGGAUAGAUGAGAUUGCCUGGGACCACAACCCCAGAAACACGUUCAAGAAGGGGGACAAAGAGAUCUCCUUCAAAGAGUACUACAAGACGCAGUACAACCUGGAUAUCAGGGAUGAGAACCAGGUGCUGCUGGUCAGCCACGUGAAGAAGCUGGGCCCUGCUGGAGCCCCGCCUCCUGGGCCGGCCUUAUUGGUCCCUGAGUUCUGCUACCUGACAGGUCUGACGGACAGGAUGCGGCAGGACUUCAACAUAAUGAGGGACCUGUCGCACCACACGCGACUCAACCCACAGGACCGGGACAACCGCCUGAACCGGUUCAUCGGAACCAUCAACCGGAACCCCGAAGCGCAGUCUGAGCUCAGCACCUGGGGCCUAAGCUUCGACAAGCAGUCUGUGAGGAUCCAGGGCCGAAUCCUCCCCCCCGAAAAUAUCCUCCAGGGUCGCCGCACGUUCCAGUACAGGCCCAUGGCGGCUGAUUGGUCGAAGGAGAUGCGCGGGGUGCCCCUGUCCAGCUGUCCGCCCCUGGAGAACUGGAUGCUGUUCUUCACCCGCCGCAACGGGGACCUGGCCCACUCCCUCCUCCAGACCCUGGGCCGGGUGUGCCAGCCAAUGGAGAUGAGGAUGCUGAGGCCCGCCAUGAUUGAAUAUGAGGACAGACAGGAUUCUCUAAUGAGGGCCCUGCAGCAGAACGUGGGCCCUGGAACCCAGAUGGUUGUGGUCAUUCUUCCCACCAACCGCAAGGACAAGUACGACUGCGUGAAGAAGUACCUGUGCAUUCAGUGUGCCACUCCCAGUCAGUGUGUGGUGGCUCGAACCCUCAGCCGGCCCCAGGCCCUCAUGACCAUCGCCACCAAGAUCGCCCUCCAGAUAAACUGCAAGAUGGGGGGCGAGCUGUGGCACGUGGAGAUACCGCUCGAUUUUCUGAUGGUGGUGGGAAUCGACUGUUACCAUGACAUCGCUGCUGGGAGGCGGUCCAUCGGGGCUCUGGUGGCCAGCCUGAACAAGGACAUGACUCAGUGGUACUCUAAGUGCGUGCUCCAGAGUCGCGGGCAGGAGAUCAUGGACGGCCUGAAGGGGCCGCUGCAAGGAGCCCUGCAGGCCUGGAUGAAGCGCAAUCAGAAGCCCCCGACGCGCAUCAUCGUGUACCGGGACGGGGUGGGAGACGGCAUGCUGCAGAGCGUGGUCAGCUACGAGACCAAGCAGAUCCUGGACUGCAUCAAGUCCACCAUGGGGGACUACAUGCCCAAACUGGCCGUAGUCGUGGUGAAGAAGAGGAUCAGCUCCAGGUUCUUCGCCAUGAUGGACAGGAACCUGUCCAACCCGCCGCCAGGAACGGUCAUCGACACGGAAAUCACGCGCCCUGAAUGGUACGAUUUCUUCAUCGUGAGCCAGGCGGUGCGCAUGGGCAGCGUCACGCCCACUCACUACAACGUGGUGUACGACAGCAGCGGUCUGAAGCCUGACCACAUGCAGCGGCUCACCUACAAGCUCUGCCACAUGUACUACAACUGGCAGGGGAUCAUUCGAGUGCCCGCCCCCUGCCAGUAUGCCCACAAGCUGGCCUUCCUGGUGGGCCAGAGCCUCCACAAGGAACCGGACCCAUCUCUGGACAGCCUGCUGUAUUACCUGUGAUGGACAGGGGCCUGAGUACGUGGCCAGUACACGGGCACGCCCAGGCAUGUGAACCUUCGGAUUCAUUACAUUACAUUACAGGCAUUUCAUGUGUAA